GUUAUUUCUUUACCAUCAGUAUUUUUGUUUUCGAUUUGAAAUAUUCAUGUAAAUAUCGUCUGCACAUCAUAGUCCUACGUGCUACCAGAAGACCUUAGAGCCAACGCGUGUCGGCCUUCGUUUUGCUUUGCUGUGUGAAAAGAGUAACGUGCUAAUCUUGCGAGUUAUCCGAGUUUCUUUUGUUGUAGAGAUCUCAGUGACAUUUCCCCUUUCGCUUUGCUAUAUUUGCCCCUAUAGUUCAAGGAGCCUUUUUUUCUUUUCAUAUCCUGCACCCGGCAUAUUCCCUCUCUCCUCCUCUUCUUCGUCUUUUUUAUUCUUCUCAUUUCCUUCGUCAUCCUUAUUAUCAGUGAACCCCCUUUCUCUGUAACACCACCACUCCCUUUAUAUUAUUCUCACCCUCGUUAUACACAUACUUCGCACCAAAGCGGCAGUCCAAAUAUCCUCUCUCUCUCUCUCUCUCUAUUCAUGACAAACUUACUGGAAUCAGCGGAAUCUGGAGAACACAGCGACAGCUACGACAACUACGACUCCAAGUGCCAGCCAGCUGAGCGAAUACCAGCAUAUCGGAACGAAGCUGAUAUCCGGUCCCUCCCACCGCAUUACUUGCCAGACAGUGGAGCGCAACCUAUGGCAGCGACCACAGACGGUGGAUCAGACCCUGCAAGGGGGUAUAGUCAUCCUGAACCACGCUCGGAUUCAGUUGCCCGAUUGGACCCACGGACAAUGCCGAUACCAGACGACAACCUGUCAAAAAUCAACCCGCGUUUAAGGAUGUUCAAACUAGUCAUCGUUCAGCAGCCGAUCCGGGCGCGGAUGUGUGGAUCUUCGGAUAAGGACUGGCGUCCUGUGUCGCCGCCGCCUGUGCUGAAACUUGUUCUUUACGAUCACGACGGAAAUUCGGUCAUUGAUAAUUCUUUUAUGCAACACCUGGUGAUACACACCACGCUAUGGAAAGACAGCGAGGAGGAGGAGCUCACUGUCGUAGAGCUGCCACACAACACGAAUAGCAAGCGCAUCUCAGCGGCAGCAAAGAGCCGAAAGCGCGGCCCGGGCCUAGAGCUUGAGAACAACUUGCUGGGCGACUACACGGCAAGCUCGUCGAUUGUGGAGGACGAGGCCGGAGAGAAAGGCUGCCGGUACCGGUUACGAUUCUCGCUGAUAAAGCUCCCGAGCAUGGAUGAUUACCAACAGCCGAUGGUACCCAUGUGCAUUUCUAGCAUAUCCACAAAUGCGUUCGAUGUAUAUUCGAUCAAGACAUUCCCAGGCAUGAUAGAAUCCACCCCACUGUCAAAGGCGUUAGCACAGCAAGGUCUCAAGAUACCUAUCCGAAACACGCAGGAUAGCGCCUGACUGGCUUCCCCCUCCCAUUGCUUUCAUAUUCCCACUUGUUUGCUUUGCGGACGCUACUUCAGCAUGGCAUCCCUUACCAUUCCCACUUCGCAUGAGCCAUUCGCCAGCUACAUUAUCAGCACUUGCCACACACACAAUAUGACUUCAACAAUCAACUAACAAUAAACUACACUCCAG